CUACUGCUUUGUGUAGCGGGUAGAUGAAGCCAAUUAAUGUGAAAUGAUGAGCAGCUCGAGGAACCUUACGGCGGGAAUGCAGUUACAGAGCCACCACCGUGGCCAAAGGUUUUUUACCGUUGGAUUGUCUUCGAAGGACGUGUCAGACGAGAACCAGCUUGACCUUUUCUCCAAGACUCGUCGUACUCUCUCCAUUGCGUCCUCCGAUGAUUCUUCUGAUGGUGUUUCGGUGAAGUUGGGGAGAGUGUCAGUUGGAUCAGCGAAAUUGACGAGGAGUGGGAUUGACGAUCUGUUGUCGUCUAAUGAAGGAGGAAAGCACGAUUAUGACUGGCUUCUUACUCCUCCUGGUACUCCUCUUAUUCCUUUAUCCGAUGGAAGUGAAUCUCAGCCGGUCCAAGUUGCUCCUAGAAGCAGUUCCUUGGCUAGAUCUGUUUCUACUACAAAGGCUUCAAGGCUAUUGGUAUCGGAAAGUAACCAUUCCACAAGACCAGCUAGAAGCAGUUCAGUGACCCGCACUUCGGUUUCCUCUUCACAACGUAGUACUUAUACUUCUAAUAGAGGACCUUCAAUCCUCAAUACUAGCUCAGCUUCAGUCUCAUCUUACACUAGACCAGCCUCUCCGAGUACACGUGCUGCAUCAAGACCUUCCACACCAUCUUCCCGUUCAACCACAUCCAGAUCUUCAACUCCUUCUAGAAACCGUCCUUCUCCCACCAACUUUUCUGUAGACAGGACCAGACCAAUCCAAAAUUCAAGGCCAUCAGCUCCAAGUUCUAGGCCUCAAAUCCCUGCAAACUUGAAUUCCACAGCAUCCCAAUCAAACUCCCGUCCAUUAACUCCCACUCGUCAGAAUCCAGUUUCUUCCAUAACUCCAGCAGUGAGUCCAUCCACUUCAGUCGGCCGUGUUAUGUCAAAUGGGCGUACUUCUGGACCAGCAUCUCGAACAAACUCCCCAAGCCCCCGAGUUCGGCCCCCACAACAGCCAGUUGUUCCUCCUGAUUUUCCUCUUGACACACUGUCAAACCUUAGAACAACUUUGCCACCAGACAGGUCAGUGUCUGCAGGUAGGUCCAGGCCAGUAUCUGUAACUGUAAAGGGGAACCCAGAAGCUGCUGGCUCUGCAAAUAUGCCAAGAAGACAUUCAUCACCCAUUGUGUCAAGGGGAAGACUCAUAGACUCCCCUGGAAAGAAUCAUACUCUUGCCAACGGGCAUGCUGAGAUGCCGAACUCUCAAAGACAUGUCUCAGAGUUGUUGAUGCGGAAACCUGCGAAGCCCUCAACUAUUAUUCCAGAGAGCACUGAAUUUGGGAGGACAAUAUCCAAAAAAUCACUGGACAUGGCCAUUAGGCAUAUGGAUAUAAGAAAUGGUUCAGGGAGCAUCCGUCAACUUUCAGGCACUACCCUUUUCCCACAGAGUAUUCGGUCUGCCACUUCUAAAACCCAUUCUGCUCAAGCUCUGGAAUCUGUAAACAUGAAUGGAGGCCUCCAAAAUGGGGGUAUUUCAGAGAGAGGAAACAGCAUCAGCAGAAGCGGUGAAAAUGGAAAUGGAAGUGGUGCAAAUGUUGGACGAUACUCCACAAAGUUGAGUGAUGUAGGCAUCUAUGAGAGCACCCGUUAUGAUGCAUUACUAUUUAAAGAGGAUUUGAAGAACACAAAUUGGUUGCAUAGUAUCGAUGAUAAAUCCGAUCAAGGACUGAUUUUUGAUAAUGGAUUCGAUCCACUGCCAGAGCCCUUCAGCCUGUUGUAGCAUAUCUGAGAAUUGGUAUUAUUUUUCUCUUUGGUAAUUUUUAAAUUAUAUCCUAUGCUCUUACAAGUAUUUGAUUGCUUUUGAAGAAUGGAAUCUGUCGACUUCUAUCACUAGAACACCUGAGUCUAUGAGGUAGUAUUUUUCUACAAAAGGUAAUGGAUCUAUCAUCUGUCUUCAAUUAUUUGCAUUUAUAUGCUUCAAAUGUGUAAGUAUAUCAAGCAUCACGGUAAACUUGCCUAAGUUAAUGUCUUGGCUAAGGGUAGAUUUGUGUCAAACUUGCUCGGGCUCAAACGAGCUGAAUUUGAGUUGGAGUUCCUGUUUAAUAGUUUGACUUAAAUUCAACUCAUUUUGUUUACAUUGUUGGUAGCAUUGUUCAUUGCACUGACAAUUUUAUGAUGAAAUUAUGCAUUAGUUCGCUUAAGCUUGAGAUAGACAUUAAAAAUUUGAGUUAAACUUGAGUGGAUCUCUUUUUAAGUUUGGCUUGAAUCUACCCCUAGCCUUGCACCCAUUGAUAGCAAAAUGGCUAACCAACCCUCGUAUAGGUAGUGCGUUUCAGCAUUGUCCAAUUUAGGGUUAAUUGAUUUGGCAGGUGAAUGAUUAUACUUUUUAGCGGAUUUCAACUUUCAUGACCAUUGUAUUAAUAACCUUUUGUGGUUCUAGUUUAAACACAAUCAAUGAAUAAGAGUAUGCCAUUUUCAUUUGAGAAUGCCAGUUUCAUGGGUUAAAGGUUUUCUUUUCCAAUAAUUUGAAUAAUCCAAGUUUGAUCUCAAACCAAUCAUUCUAAAUUUGAUUUAAACUUGAACAGAUCUUACUUGAAUUUGAUUCGACUCAAAUUCAUCUCUAUAUGCAAGAGUAUUGGAAAUGCCACAAGGGAUUUUUAUGUUUGAUUUUAUUAUAGUUCAACAAACCUUAGUUGGUUUGCGGUGGUUAUGAAAUAGACGUAUUAUUUGAAUUUCUUUUCAACAACUUUUGUAAUCUUCUACUAUCCAUUAAUGUUAAAAGUAUGUACUGUUCCAUUUUUAGAUUUUUA